AUGCUCCACGUACCAGUCCGGGAUCACUCUCACCAGCCCUCCUCUACCAAGGCUGUGAUCUUGGUCGGAGGUCCAUCCAGAGGUACACGAUUUCGCCCAUUGUCGCUCGAUGUUCCCAAGCCCCUGUUCGAAGUCGCCGGCCACCCCAUCAUCAACCACUGUCUCAAGGCGAUCGCAAAGGUCCCCGAUGUGCGCGAGGUUAUUUUGAUCGGAUACUACGACGAGACAGUCUUCCGGGAUUUCAUUAAGGAUGCCGCGAAGGAAUUCCCCCAGUUCCGCAUCCAGUAUUUGCGGGAGUACACAGCAUUGGGCACUGCAGGUGGCCUGUACCACUUCCGCGAUGCGAUCCUCAAAGGCAAACCGGAGCGCUUGCUUGUGCUGAAUGCUGAUGUCUGCUGCUCAUUCCCAUUGGGUGAGAUGCUGCGUCUGUUCGAGGAGAAGGAUGCGGAGGCUGUGAUUCUGGGAACCCGGGUAGGAAACGAGGCGGCCACCAACUUCGGCUGCAUCGUGUCCGACUCGCACACCAAGCGUGUGCUGCACUACGUCGAGAAGCCCGAGUCCCACAUCUCCAACCUCAUCAACUGCGGCGUCUACCUGUUUGCCACCGAGUGCAUAUUCCCUGCCAUCCGCAGCGCCAUCAAGCGCCGUACCACCCGCCCGCGCCUUCUCUCUUACCCAUCCUCCGAUAACCUCGAGUCAUCCUUCAUUGCUGGUACUGGUGAGGACGAGGACUCCGAACAGAGCGAGGUCAUUCGCCUGGAGCAGGAUAUUCUCUCCGAUCUGGCUGAUAGCAACCGCUUCUUUGUUCACGAGACCAAGGACUUCUGGCGCCAGAUCAAAACCGCUGGCUCCGCUGUGCCCGCCAACGCGCUGUACCUUCAGAAGGCCUUCCAGGCCCAAUCCGAAGAACUGACCCCUCCCUCCGCCACCAUUGUGCCCCCCGUCUUUAUCCACCCUACUGCCACCGUUGACCCGACUGCCAAGCUGGGUCCCAACGUCUCCAUUGGCCCCCGUGUCGUUGUUGGAGCCGGUGCCCGUAUCAAAGAUGCGAUUGUGCUUGAGGACGCCGAGAUCCGCCACGACGCCUGCGUCAUGCACUCCAUCAUUGGCUGGAGCAGCCGCGUCGGCGCCUGGGCCCGUGUGGAGGGCACCCCGAUCCCUAUCGGCAGCCACUCGACCAGCAUCGUCAAGCAGGGCGUCAAGGUCCAGAGCAUCACCAUUCUGGGCAAGGAAUGUGGCGUCGGCGACGAGGUCCGCGUGCAGAACUGUGUCUGCCUGCCGUAUAAGGAGCUCAAGCGCGACGUCGCCAACGAGGUCAUCAUGUAA